ACCGCUGACGAAAGCCGGUUCCCCGCCGAGUCACGGAUCGAUUCCGCGUGUUUCCUGCUGUCGGAUGGUCGGCCCGCUCCUCCCAUUUUCUGAUUCAGUUAAACUUGAUGAGCAAAGACAUUUGAACAGUGCGACCCACCGGGCAGAGAGACCAGUUAAUGAAGUUGAAAAAUGACUAUUUCCUUGGCACGUCUCGAAUUCCAUUAGUGCCUCUUGGACUGCCAACAUCAACAUCGUUUGGAAAAGUAAUGUACAAUAAACAUGGCUGAAUAAAUCAAUGGGGAAAAGAAAACAAAUGGAAGAAAAUUGAACAUCACAUCAGAAGUUUUGAAAAGCAGAAGCAGCCCCGCGGAAAGGGGAUGUCCGAAAUGAAAGACUCCAGUUACUCCUGAAGGUUCCGAGAUUUCCCAGGGAUUUCCGAAAGAUCCAUUGUUUAUUGUGUCAAGUGAGAAAGAUCACACACAGGCAAAUAUCCAAGCUAACCUGAUUCGAAACAGACUGAGAAGAGUUCCCAGGUUUAGAACCAUGUUCAGUAACUUGAUCCAUUAUCCAAGAUAUUCUCUGUAUUGGAGCAAGGUUGACCCUGUCCCAGCAUUCAUGCGCCGGGAAUGGAAAGGACAGGAGGAGAAACACAGAGAAGGCCUCUGGCAGCUUGCUAUAAUGGAUACAUCUUUCCAGAUGGCUAAAGAGGUUUAUGAAGAUCCUGACGUGACUGGAAAGAAUCGCUAUAAAUAUUUUGAAAGGCCUUUCCUUCCAUUUCAUCAACAGGUGCCCUUCAAUGUUGUUUUUGCAGCAACCAAGACACAGGCAUAUACUUUUCUCCCUAUUUCUGCUAAAUACCCACCCGUACUUUCGAAGCAUACUGUGGGUACCCAGACUGAUUAUCGGGAUGCUGAAGUUCAAACUGAUCCAUAUUCUCCAGAAUAUGUAGUAUGUCAGGAUUCAAUCCCUGAGCUCUUGACCCUGGCUACUCUUACUUGGGGUCGAGGGCUCCCAGCUGGACAAGCUGAAGUUGAGAUGAUAGAACGUGCCCGGGAGAAACGUGCUUGGGAAGCCACUCUUCCCUGUCUGAGUGACACCUCCCAGUUUGAGAAGAGGAGAAGGAUGAUGAAUGCAAUGGAAAGGAAGGAGUGGGCCUUCAGAGAGCAGGAGAUUGAAAAAUUACAGGAGAUUCGUCUGGAAGUUCUAAAAGAGUUGCUGAAAAAACGUGAUGAGAAUCAAAAUGAAGUGAACAUGAAGCACUUGAAUGCCCGAUGGUCUCAACUGCAGGAAGCGAAGGAGGCAAAGUUGGCACAGAUUCAGCACACACAUGUAGUAGCAAUCAGAAAACUUGCGGGAAAGGGAAGGAAUAUAGAAGGGAAGUUAGAGAGAAGAAAUAUCAUCAAGGAUUAUUCUGAUUAUGCAUCACAGGUCUAUGGGCCUCUGUCUCGUCUUGGUCGUUUCCCUGACAACAAUUCAGAGGACUUUGUAGUAAAAAACUACUAUCUCAACACCUAUGAAGGAUUAGUUGAACUUGAGUCAAGUCUCCCAGAUUUUGUGACACAACCCCGAAUCAGACCUCCGAAGCCAAAAGUCACUACCACGAAAGCCGGUUUUCUCAAGAGGGCAGCAAGGAUGGACCAUGAGUUGGCAGAGGUUCAUAAGGCAAUAUUGGAUAAGAAGAAUAAAGUUCUUGAACCAAAGAAACUUCUGCGCUUCCUUCAAAGAAAGGCUGUACCUCAACCUCGGCUUCCAACGCCAACCUUGGAAAUGAGUUCCAAUGAAGAAGAAGAUAUAGAAAUGGCUGUGAUCUACCUUCAAAAGUUACUUCGGGGAAGAGUCGUUCAGAACAUGAUGUUUGAAGGCAAGGAAAAGCGACUGGAGUUGAUCCAGGAGCUACGCACCAGCCAUGCACUGCAAGAGGACGACAGGCUGCUGAAGAAAGCCGAGAAGCAAGUGACGCUGGCCUUACAGCGGCAGAGAAACCUGCAUGAGCACAAGGUCUCACUGGUUGAAAACCAUUUGGCUGGACUGGAAGGAAGGGUGCUGGCAGACAUGUUUGACUUUCUGUCCAAAGAGCUAGUGAGACUACAGGAAGAGAGGAGGAUCCAUGCUUUUGCCAUGCUGGCCGAGAGGCAGCGGAGGAUGCGAGAAGCUGAAGAGAGUGGUCGACGCCAAGUGGAGCAAAGGCGCCUGCGGGAGGAGGACCAGAUAUUUAAGGAGGUGAUUAAAGUUCACCAAAAUACUAUAACUUCCUAUCUGGAAGACAUAAUCCUGAAUACUGAAGAGAAUACUGCAGAAGAACAAGCCAGGGCAGAAAUUGAGAAGAUGGCUGAGGAAAUCAAUGACGUUGCUUAUGAAAUGGAGAGCCGUCGAACUCAGCUUCAGUCAGAGGAGAUUGUUGCUGAGUUGGUUUAUAGUUUCCUGAUCCCAGAGGUACAGAAGGAGUUUGUCAAAGAAAAAGUGAGGAAUGCACAGCGGAAGCAUAUCCUUGCGGCCCAUCAGAUCAUCCACGGGCACACAGAAGACAUGGUCAAGAAGAAUUUUGUUGAGCAAGAGCAAGAUGAAGAGGUCUCAGACACUGACAAGUCACCUGAGGAAGAUACUCAAAAUAAGAAUAGCAGCUAAGAUUAUCUUUCCUAAAAGAAGCUGUACAAAUCAUCAUAAAGAAUUCCUAUAUCUGUGCUUCUUCCAAGAUGUACAGCUCUUAUGGACUUGUCAAUGUGUAAUUCAUGAGGAAAGAUCUUUAUUUUCCAUAAACUUCCAAUAAUUUAAAAUGAUUUUCAGUAAUAAUAAUCAAAUGAAAGAGUUUAUUCUCUUUGGUGUUUCCCAGAUGCUCUACUUCAAGAGAAAAUUUUCUUAUGUUUCAUUUCAACAUUUUGUUAACUACGAGGAUAUUCUGGCUUAAUCAAACAAAAAGAAAUGUUACUGAAUAUUUCUUACAUAGUUUUGGCUUGAUAUUCAUGGUACAUUGACCUUAUCUGCUAAGUUUGAAAGCAUCCAUACUCCAUGACCUGGCAUUUCACCUCCUAAAUAUAUACUCAGUAGAAAUACAUGAGUAUAUGCAUCAACAGGCAUGACAAGAAUGUUCACAGCAGUACUUUUCUUUAUAGCCCCUCAACUAGAAACCCAAACAUUCAUUGACAUUGAAAUAAAAAAAUAAGCUGUGGCAUAUCCAUAUAAUGGCACAUCAACUUACCCUUGAGCUUUAGAUCUAAGAAUAUUUAUGCAACACCCCUAUAGAGAGGGUGCUGUUGGAGAGCAAUCUGCCCACCCUGUGUGUUGACAAACAUUAGGAUCCCUCCUCAUUUAAAGAUUGGUAAAUAGGAAACAAACCCUAAAAACAAAAGUAUCAACAACAAAUCUACCUGAGCCCCAUGCAUGUUACUCUGAAAGCAGAAUAAAAGCCUAUCUUAGAAAAUGUCCUUCUAUAAGAAACAAGAAAAUCUUCAGAAGCUACCUGCUGGUGAUUUUAAUAGGAGGCAAAAAGAAAUGGCCUCAGGAAACUGAAGCAGAGAAUAAUAAGAGCAGAUGCCAACAGAGAGAUGUAGGCUGGAAAGAAAGGAAAGCUGGUUAAUGUGAAAAAAAAAAAAUGCAAAAAGAUUAAAAAAUCCAGUGAAACACAUUUGGAUGCAGUUUAAAGAACAAACUUCACAGCAGAGAAUAAAAGAGGUGAUGUUGCUAAUGAAAUUAAGUCAUCCAGUAUGGUUUGGGAAGGAUAAAGAGAUGAAAAUGACAAAGAGGUUAGCUCUGGAUGACCAAUCCUACAAGCAGUAGGAAAUCUUAAAGAAGAAAUCAAGACAAAUAAAAUAGUUUUAACAAAAGAUUUUCUGAGCUGAAAAAAUACUUGAUCAUACAACUUUGGAAAGGUUUACCUUGUAUUAGGAUAACUGUGAUCAAGGUAACUUUUCUUCGCCUGAGAAUCACUGACAAACAGAAAAGCACUACACAAUUAACGAGGGAGUUGAGUUUUGUUCCUUUAAAAAUGCUAACCUGUUUGAGGUAAAAGUUAUUUGUAAAAUAAAAAAUCGGGGACACAAGACAGAAUGAGAAGAAGCAAAUUAGGCAAUGGGAUAGAAGAUAGUGGCAGGGUGGGCUAUGGGGAGUGAAGGUGCCAUACUAUAGCAGGCAACAGCAGACUUAUUCUGUAAAGAGCCAGAUAGUAACUAUUUUAGGUUUUGUGGGUUAGUUUCUGUUGCAAUUACUCAACUCUGCCAUUAUAAGGUGAAAGCAGCAAUAGGUAACAUAUAGAAGGCACAUGGUUGUGUUCCAAUAAAACUUUACAAGAACUGGCAGCAGCCAGAUUUGGCCCUUGAGCUGUACUUUGCCCAUCCCUGCUAUAUAGCAAUGAACUAAAGUUGAAAUCAAUACCUACUUUCAUGAAGUGUUUAAAGCAGCUUUUAAUAAAGAACAUAUAAUGAAACAAUAUUUUCUAAAACAAUCUUUAUGCAGUCUUUGAAAACUAAGAUUUGUUUUUAGACAAAAAGGAAAAUACAAAGUAAUACAGAAUUCUCAUUAGCUAACUGAAGUUUACCAGGAGGGGAAAAUUUUCUCUUACUAGCAAACUUCUACUUAUAAUGGCUUUAGUUAAAACACCUAAACUUUAAUAACCAUUGCUCUUAAAAAUAAAAGUGAUGAGCAAAACUCAUGUUUAAAGCAUGCGGUCAUGGCAACUGAAGCUAUGUAGUUGGUUGGGACUAGUCGAAUAAUCAAUAGCAAUACACAAUCACAAUGAGCUGAUUUGUAAAGUAGAAAAAUUUUUUUUCAUGGAUGCAUAAUCGUAUACAGUGAACCUUCAUGCCACUUAACAAAGGCAUUGCCUCUUCUCAACAUGCUUAAGAACAGGCAAGGUAAAAUCCAAGGAAGAAGUGUGUAGUGUGAGUAAAGGAUCUCUUUGGGAUGAGAAACCAUUAAGUGCAAAAUUGUUAGAGAUUCCAAAUCUUUAGGUGCAGAACCCGAGACAAUUUAAAGGCUGAGUAUACGUUGAUUCAAGAGAACUCUCAUCCCCAUCCUCAAUUCUGGACCCUAGUACCUACCUGGGAGUAGAGUUGCACCUACUAAGACGACUUGGAGUACACUUUUAUGCAGCAAGCUACGCAGAGAAUUAAAGGCCCAGUUACCAGUAGAAUGGAGAAUGCUAGCUGGCAAGAGUGAUAUAGAAGUGGCCUCCAACUGUGCUUACCGCUUGGUGGAACGAAGGCCAAGCUAGCCUCUUAACAUUGGAGUAGCCUGGAGGUUAGGAGAAUAUGCUCUGGAGCCAGAUGCUCUGGAUUGAAACCCCAGUGUGUCCUCAAACAAGUUACUUGAUCUCAUUAAGCUUGAGCUUCCUCAAAUCUAAAAUGGUAUAACAAUAGAAUGUAUAUCAUGGAGUUGGUAUGAGGAUGUAAUGAAUUCAUUCAUGUAAAGGGCUUGGGAACAGCAGCUGGCAUAUGAUAAGCAUUCAACAAGUACCAUUUAGCUAUUUUUAUUAUCACUAUGGGAUAGAAGCAAAAGAUACGGUGGAGCAAAGUAACUACAUCUACCGCUAUGCAGAAAGUAGCUCAGUGGAUGUCAGUUGCUAACUAAUCAGAUGAAUUUCUCCAUCUCACUUGGGGAUGAGUGAGAAGGAGAGAGAGAGGAACGAGUGUCCCAUGUUCUGUAGAAUCCUGAAGUAUUGGCAAUAAGGGCAUAUUCUACUAGACACCAGAGCAGUAGAAAGAAGCCAUUAUGAAGAAGAAUUUCCCAGAAAACUUAACUAAAACCAUUGAAGGAGGCUUCUUUUAUUAUAGUUGUCAAAAAUUGAGGAAACAGGAAACAAAGACUGUAAUAGUUCUUAACCAUGGCUGCAUGCUAAAAUCAUCAAGUACUUUAAAGAAUUGGUUCUUGGGCCUCUCCAGGCCAAUUAAGAUAGAAUCUUUAGAAGUGGAACCAGGCAAAGGUUUUUGUUGUUGUUGUUGUUGUUGUUUGUUUUUGUUUUUGUUUUAAGUUUCCCAAGUGAUCUAAUGUACAUUCAAGACUUAGAAUAGGAGAAAUCUUUCCCAAAGUAACUAUCUCUCCCCAAGUACUGACCAUUCAGAAACUUACCAUAGGAGACAUAUCUUUAGUCAGGCUUUAAUGAUAUUUUAUUUCUAAAGCCUCAAAGAUUGAAAAGACUAGAAAAAAAUUGUGGGCACUGAGCACAAUCAUAACACUUGUACUUCCUCUGCCAUAGCCCAUAUCACACUUGAUUAUAAUUGCCUGCAUAAUCAUCUCUCUCACCAACUGGACUGUUAGCUCUGAGAUGAAGGCAGGAGCUAUGCCUCAUAAGUACAUUUGUUUUUAUUCCUGGUACCUGACACAGUUUCUGGCAUGUGGUAAUCUCUCAAUAAGUAUUUAUUGAAUGAAAUUCUACACACUUAAUAUUUGUAAAAGCAAAUACUUCUAUGAUUUGGAAGAACAUUUGUGAAUAUCUUGGUAUUUUAUGGUAUGAAAUGAGUUUUUAAAAAUAAAAUUCUCGAUUUAUAAUAUUCA